GAGUCCGUCGGACGAUUCUCAUGCGCAAGCGGGAAACUGCACUGCGCUUUCUCUCUCUAUCUUUCUCUCUCCCCCUCUCUCUCUCUCUAAAUGGUGUAUAUGAUGCCGCGUACACCCGUGUUUUCUUUCGUUUUUCCCUCUAAAACGGAAGGGUUAUCAGCUGAAGCUCUCAGCUUCCAGUUCUUCAUCCCCCUUUCGUCUUCCAGGGCGUCAAUGUCUAUGUAUCUUGGUAUUGAUCCUCAUAGAUUUCUCCUUAAACGCCGUUGCCGUUUCAUUUGUCGAGGCCGUUGCUUGUUCCGGCAUUGGACUUGAAAGCCCUUUUUUCAUUACUUUCUCAGAGAGACCACAUGAAGGAAAUUUGAUUUUAUUCUUUGAUUCUUGGAACAAAAAAUUCUGAGUUUUUUUGAGUUUUGAUAGAAACACAGGGACUUGUUGAUUACUUUUUGCAUGGAGAGAUUAUUGCUGCAACCAGGUUUUCGGUUUCAUCCAACUGAUGAAGAGUUGGUUGGUUUCUAUUUGAAGAGAAAAGUUUUGGGGCGUCGCAUGCUAUUUGAUGUCAUUGCUGAGGUUGAUUUGUACAAGCAUGCACCUUGGGAUCUUCCAGAGAAAUCUUUCCUAAAAAGCAGAGAUCGUGAAUGGUAUUUCUACUGUCCACGUGAUCGCAAAUAUUCAAAUGGGCCUAGGACGAAUCGCGCUACUGAAACUGGGUAUUGGAAAACAACUGGAAAGGAUAGGCCUGUUUGUCUUGCUUCUCGGAAAGUGGGGAUGAAAAAGACCCUUGUUUUCCACAUAGGCCGGGCACCAAAUGGGGAGCGGACAAAUUGGGUUAUGCAUGAAUACCGGCUUGAAGAUGCUAAUAUGGUUGACCCAAGCAUCUCUCAGGAUGCAUUUGUGCUGUGUAGAUUGUUUAAGAAGAGUGGUUCAGGUCCCAAAAAUGGAGCGCAAUAUGGAGCUCCCUUCAAAGAAGAGGAAUGGGACAAAUAUGAAAAAAUGCCAGGUUUUGAGGCUUUAAUUCUGGCCUUGACCAAUCAAGCAUCUCUUCUCCCUGGGUUUGAAACGCAUGACACUGACACUGAUGUCGGGGCCAGAAAAGAUAGUGGCUUUUUACUUGGGCCAGAUCCACAACCAUCUGGGAUUUCUGGUUUGGUUGAGAGCCAUAAUACCCUUAUAGAAAACCCACUGAAAGGAUCAGAUGAGAUCGAUAAUUCUAUGCUGGAGUUUGAUGGAGCUAAUAAUAAUAGCCCUAACAUGAAUAUGGAGUCUCCACCUAAAAGUGCGGCCGAAGAUGUUGGAAAUGUGGAUGGGUAUGAUAUUUACAAGGACUUAGGGGACAUCAAUAGUCAAAAAGAACUUGAAGGGGUGACUGACUCUUAUAUGUCAAGUAAUGUUGAAGAUGAAUAUGGUUUGCCUCAGAUGAUUCCUGCAAUGGAAGAGGGCUCUUAUCUGGAAUUGAAUGAUCUUGUGAAACCCGUAGAUUCUGAUCAGCCCAGUUUUGAGAUGCCUAGUGACAUGUUUGAUAUUUAUGAUUUUUAUGACAAUCCAACUGCUUUAGGCCUUUUUGAUUCUCCAGUCAACUUGGAUGCUGCGGGUUUUUGUCCCAACUCUGAGAACUUGUCACCUCUCAUGAUGAUAGAGAAAAACUCUGUGAUUGAUGAUAAACUGAAUAUGGUUGUCAAGACUGGUGGAGUUGGUGACAGUUUUAAUUGGGAACUUCAACCUGAAGUGGCACCUAGCACAUAUUUUUUCAAAAAUUCUGAUAAAACUGGGGCUGGUUGUAGCAUGCAAAACCCGGCAACAGAUUCCAAUCACAGUGAAGAGGAACACUAUUCAAUAGGACAUUAUCUUUUGGGUUCUAUCCCAGCACGAGCUGCAUCAGCAGCUGAGUACCCGUCUGCUGUUAGCAGAGGCAAGUUUGUUGGAGAUGCUGAAGCUUCAAGGAAGAGCUCUAUUCAUGUAAGGACGGGCAUGGCUGUUACCCAUGUAAAACUAGAGCAUGAUUUGUUGAAUAAAUGUGGAAAAUCGAACUGCGAAUGCUGUAAUGUUGUCUCUAAGGCCGACAAGAAAUAUGUAGAAAGGAAGAUGAGAAGGGCUGAUCCAAAAAACGGGCUCACAUUUGUGUUUAUCUUGGGUGCUGCAUCAGCUCUGAUGUGGGUCUUUGUCUUUGUGAUUGGAAUCAAGAUUGCCGGGUAUGGAUGGAAUCAUCUGAUGCCUUAGAACUUGCAGUCGUUUUAAAGAGACAAGAAUGUCAUAUCGAAAAGCUGGAAUAAAGGGCGAAAAAAGAACGAUAGGAAAAAUGAGAGUAUGUUUUUUGUAGUGUUUUAUAUUGAAACAUUAGUAUCUAAUGUCAUGUAUUUAUUUGCAGUGUGAUAAACAUCUGAGAACAAUAAUUUUGUGAUGGAUUAUUUGAGCGAUCAGUUGCUACUGGGUUGUUUACUUUUA